AUGUUCUUCCAAGAUGUUAUCUUUGUGGCCGAUGGACAGUUUUCUACUCUUGGGGCAGUGUUAUUAGGCACAUUGGCUCGCCUUGCGAAAUCCACAGGAAUUGACAAAGAAAUGAAGUUUGCGGCUCAGACAGAAACCCCUAGGGCCGCUUCUUCACACGCUAGGAUUGACGGUCCAGAAGAUGUCGGAGAGGUUCUGUCUCGAAAUAACAAUUUGUCAGGUCUCGGAGGAUUUCUAAAGAAGCCUUGUUCAAAGGCAGAAGAAUGCCUGAAGUCCAGCCCGAAGAAAUCGAACAAAAUCACGGAUACCGCCGUAAAACAGAGUAAAAACAAGAAGAGGAAGAAGAAAAAGGAUGCCAUUGAUGACCUUUUCGAUAGUCUCUUGUAG